AUGUCAGGCGCCGAGCCUGUAUUGGGGGCUUUUGGCACGUGGCAUGCCAUGGCGAUUGUCGCCACUGGCCAGCAAUACGGAGUAUACUGCGUAGAGUCACGAAUUGAAGUUGGUGUGCAGGCCGAAUGCGUGCUACAGUACCGUCCGGGAAAGGCGGUGGCUCCUACACAGCAGGCCAGGGCUGCCAGGGCACACCCCUCCGCCAUGCUUGGGCCUGACAUGGUGGAGGAUUUGGCAAGCCUGGGUGUUGGUCUCAAUUAUGCUCGUGAGGAAGAGGGACUGAGUCAAAAUCCCGACGGCGAUGAAGAGGCAGAAGCUGGUCGGGCGGAGCAGCCCAUGUCGCAGUACAACAUGCAUCGAGGGCUCAUGUUGAAGUACAAGGCCGGAAGUGCCGCCAGUGCCCACAGCGGUCCAGGACCAGGUUAA